AUGAGCAUCUCCACGACCGGUGAAUGCGUGAGCAUCACCAUUGGUAUGAAGGACGGCAAUCCUAUCAUUACGAAAAUCCACACCGAAGGCUUGGUUGCCAAUAAGACGAUCCUACUGGAAGAAGGCAUGGAGGUUACUUCGAUUUCGUACAAUGGACAGUGCGUCUUUUUGGGAAGGGAGAAGACUUCGGGGGAAAAAAGGGGUAACGCCAAGGCAAAGCCAACCAAGAAGAAAAUGACGCAUCCUUUCUUGGACAAGAAAUUCAAGUUGGAACCUGGAACAAACGUUAUCGCCGUGGUCAUGAAGACUGGCGCAGAAGAGCGGCAGGAAGAUGGUGGAUCAUGGCAGGAAUCCAACGAACUCUUUCUGGUCCGAGGUGUCACUGUGGGGUGCAAAUCCCACAAGAAGAAUUCCCAACAUGUGGAAGUGCUCGUCUAUAGCAUUGAGAGCAUGUCAGAUGACCUUGAUGAGAAGGAUAUCAAGGUUGAUUCCGACACCGACGAAUACGAGUCUGUGAGCAACGAUUCCUUCAGCAGUGAGGAUUCCGACGGUUACGACUCGUUUUCCGACGACGAUGCCGGCACUGAUGGGUCUGUUCAUACAGUUGAGUCUCAGACUGUUCAGACAUUCCAGCCCCAAAAGGCUAAAUUUUCGUUUCGACCUCCUCCCUUGGGGAUCGCAAAUGGAGGAUACUGGACCACGCAAAAAUACGUUGGACGUCAUACUUUGGUAGCAUCGGUUGUCGGGUGCUUUUGCCUCGGUUUUGUUGGACCCAUGGUUCUCUGUUGCCCGUUUGACGAACGCAGUAUCUAUAUCGUCGAUGGCAGAGCCUACGCCGAGAGCGGAAAGUGUGUUGCUUUUCAAGAGGAGUGA